AGACGUCUUCCUCUCCAAUUGCACAUGCGCAGUCGUUCGUUCUACUCUAGACAGCUGUAGGAGAAAAUGGCAGCACUCAUGCUAGGGCAGCAGGUCCGCCAGUUCAGCACGUCUGUGGUCAGACCUGCAGCGAAACUGAUUAAGCCUCCGAUUCAGGUGUAUGGAGUGGAGGGCCGCUAUGCCACCGCUCUGUUCUCAGCUGCCAGUAAGCAGAACAAACUGGACCAAGUGGAGCAGGAGCUUGGAAAACUGUCUGCCGCCAUCAAGGAUCCCAAAAUGUCCAGCAUUGUAAUGAAUCCUCACAUAAAGCGCGGCCUCAAGCAGAAAACCUUAAAUGAUGCUCUUGCAAAGGCCAAGGUUUCGCCCCUCAUUAUCAACCUCAUCAAUGUUUUGGCCGACAAUGGUCGUCUCACGCUCACUGGUGAUGUUAUCGCUGCCUUUGGCAAGAUGAUGAGUGCACAGCGUGGGGAGGUCGUCUGCUCCGUCACCACUGCUCAGCCUUUGGAUGAAGUCAAUCUUGCUGAACUGAAAGUAGCUCUCAAGGGCUUUCUUCAGAAGGGUGAAAGUAUCAAGCUGGAAACAAAGUCGGAUCCUUCAAUCCUGGGUGGCAUGAUCGUCUGUAUCGGAGACAAGUAUGUGGACAUGUCCACCAAAACAAAGAUUCAGAAGCUGACCAAGCUCAUCAGGGAAACUUAAGUCCUGUGGACUUAAUUUCGCAAAAGAUUAGAGACGACCAUUGGGUGGAAACGCUGAUAAAUGUAUAUUGCUAUCUGUCCUAGCGCUGCAGUUGCUCCUUCAACCCAGUGUCUUUACCUAAGUUCAUAUGGAUGUUAAUAAAAAGUACAAAAACCCGA